AGAAGACUGCCUAUACGUCAAUCGUGAAAAUUUUUGUCUCAAAACAAUAAUCAUUUCUAACAAAUUGCGUUGCACUAAAAAAUACAGAAUCCGAGUCCAAUAUUUUUUUUUUGUGGAUAGACCACCGAAUCCGAAUCUAAGUUUGAUGGUCCGCAUUACUAGCGGUAGUUAUGAUGUGAAUCAAUUCUGUGUUAGAAUCGAAAUUCUCGUUUUCAUUCAAGUUACAGAUAAAUCACUUGUAAAGACUAAAAACUAAGAAAAUCUUCCACCAAUGUUUAUCGUAAUGGAUACAACAUUUCAACACUGGAAGUAAAUUGUGCAUUGAAGCAACCUUUCUAUAAGAUAAAUUGAAAGGAGAAAAAAUCUCAGCGGAAACAGUAUAUUGAUCUGAUUGACCUAAUUCAGUACGGCUGAUGAUAAAUAUGAGUUAACAUUUCAAUUGAACAAUCACCCGAAGUUGUGCGACGACGACGAUGAAUGUGAAGCUGUUGAUCCAAUUUAGAUAAUAUUUUGUGUGCUCCUGAGAUUCGUUUUUCGGAUACAACGUCACCAAGCAGGAUUUUUUCCAAUUUAUUCGGCUACGAACGAUGGGCGGAUCAGUAAGUCAAGUAUUUCGUUCGGGCAGCGCUCUACUGCUAUCGAAUCAUAAUGGAAAAGUGUCGGAAACGUCUAUCGACAAAAUUCAAACAGUUUUUGAAAUACUUCGAGCCAAUCCGAAAAUAUCAAUGCAAACAUUGGAGGGUCUACUAUGUCAAAUAGCUAAAUACGAAAAUAUUCUAACGGUGCACGACGAGUCCGGAUACAAUCUUCUCCAAAAAAGUGUUGGUUUAAAUCACGUCGAAUUACUUCGUUGGAUAUUGCAACGUCAUCGGCCGGAUGUAAAUCGCAGCCCAUGCUCACUGCCACUUCACAUAGCCUGUCUGAAGGGCAACGAAGAAUGUGUGGAGUUGUUGUUGAAAUACGGAGCGCGCAUCGACACAGAGGCAAGAAUGUGUUUCCCCGGUCCGCAUUGUAACAAUUGCGAGGCGAGUGUUCACCGUCGGCAUCCGGUUCCGGUGCACGACGAUGAUGAUAUGUCUAAACUGUUGCAACAAAUCCCAUCGACGUCGAACAAUGAACGGUACAAUACGAAACUGCAAAAUGCUGUGUGCUAUGCGAUCGAUGGCGAUCAAAUCGGUGUGCUGAACAUAUUGUCGCAGAAAAUGGAAGAACCUUGGGUACCGUUUCGAGUGAAAAAGCCAUUGUUGCACCUGGCCUGCGAACGUGGUGCAUGGAAAUGCGUUCAGCAGUUGGUGAUUACGCGAUCGGAAGAGAUAAAUUUGAUUAAGGACGAGUAUUACCCGAUUCAUCAAGCGGUUUUGCAUGACGGAAGGUUUUUGGAGUUGCUCAUUCAGCAUGGAGCUAUUACUACAGUCAGAACGUGUACGCAGCAAAUGACAUUGCUGCAUGUUGUGAUUGUUGCUGCCAGAAAAUCGGCAGAAGACACACUUUCUACAUUACGAAUACUGCUAGAACGGGGAUGCAAAGAACUAAUUAAUGAGCCAGAUUCGCUGGGUAACACUCCACUGCACGCACUCAUUGUUCGGUAUGCACUAGAAGAGGCACGUUUUGGUUACGACAAGUGGAACAAAUGGGAUGUGCUACAUUUGGUACGAUUUCUGUUGCAAAAUGGUGCUAAGAACUCCAUAAAUCAAGCUGGAAAUAGUGCGUUAGCCUGUGUGUUUCGACAUGUUCGUACAGACUGGGAAGUGUGCUACGAGCUACUGAGCAUGUUGAUAAAAGAAGAUGGUGAUCCGAAUAUUGUUGGUCGGGAUGGAUCCGUUCCUAUUAUAAUUUGCUUGGUCCCACUCAUUAACAAGGAUCAGCUUCAUCAUUUUACUCACACAAAAAAGGUUUGUUUCCUGAAUUGCAUACGCAUUCUGCUGCAGCAUGGUGCAAAUCCCAAUUGCUCAUAUCGAUCCAAUCUCACGCCACUGCACGUAUUAAUAUUCACUGUCAGCGAAAAUUUUACCCUGCACUGUGAGACACAGAAGCUCAACAAUUUCGAUUUCAUCAAAAACAUUCUGCUACUACUACUACAGCAUGGCCUAGACUGUAAUAUCACAUAUCAGCACGUCCUUCAAUCCGUCAUGGAUAUGGUGCAAAAUUUACGCAACUGCAACGACAUGUUGAGUGUGUACGAAUUGGCAAAGAUUCUGAUUUUAUACGGAGCGGAUCCAAAUGAUGUGCUGAAUGGCAAAGUUACCGCCGGCAGUGCCAUCGUACGGAAUGCAAUCGUUGACCAUUACAGCUUACGCGGACAGCACGUCAAUUAUGGUUGCUCGUCGGACGGCAAUGACACGUCGUCCGGUUUCCGCGGCUCAUUUCGCACCAAUUCACGUUACACCCUGUUCUACUACAUCAUCCUGAUCACGAAAAAGGAAUUCCUUCUCACCGAUCCGAAUCGCGCAUUCGCACGCAUCAUUCAUCUAUUUUACUACUCCAUGUGCCAUGAACCGCUAUACAACUGCCUGAAAAGUUUACACAAUUUCUAUGUGGCACAGGUGCCCAACAAAUCAACGGAGAAUCUGAUAUCGUUGAUAACAAGUUUGUAUAAACAGCCCAGAACAUUGAAACAGAUCUGUCGACAAUCAGUGUACAAAAGUCUGAACCAUAAAAUGGCAUUGAACAUAAACAAAUUGAAUUUACCAGGACCCUUAAAGGAGUACAUGCUAAGCUUUGAGGCUUAGAUAGCAAUUGUAUAAUUACUGUAAAUGCAUAAAUGUUCGCUGUUUUGAAUGUAUAAUGUACAUUACGUAGCGGUAUAUAUAGUGAAACGGGUGGACUGUACAGUCUUAUUUGGAACGUUUAUAUGUGCAUGGGUUAAAUAUGUUUCAUUUUUCGGCAACAAUGUAUGUGUCAGUGCACAAAACAUGUGCCGUUUCAACAAUUUAUGUUCACAUCCUGUCCGGAGUGAAUUCAUUAAUCGUCUGUGUGUCUACUAAUACAAAAUUGAUGUGUCUAAUAACGCGCUAUCACAAUGGACUGUGUGAAGGAAAGCGAUUGAAUUGCACCACAUCGGAUACAUGUGCA